CCCUCUAUCGCCCGGAGCUUGUACUGACUCUCUCGGCUCGUCAUGGCGGCACAGACCCGGGCUUUGGUGUCCUGUCAGUGGCUGGCAGAUGCGAUCAGAAAUAACCUGGUCGGACCCAAACUUCGCAUACUCGACGCGUCAUGGUACCUCCCCAAAACCAAGCGCAACCCGAGGGCAGAAUUUGCGCAAAAACACAUCCCAGGUUCCUCGUUCGUUGACCUGGACGACUGCAGCGACAAGACCUCUGCUUUUGAUCACAUGCUGCCAACUUCCAGCCACUUCUCCCAGUAUGUAGGAGAUCUGGGCAUCGGGAAUGACACACAUGUAGUUGUGUAUGACACCAGUGACUUUGGGUCGUACUGCGCGCCCCGGGUGUGGUGGAUGUUCCGGUUGUUUGGACACGGUUCUGUGUCGGUGCUGGACGGGGGCUUCAAAAACUGGCUGGCUGAGGACCAUACGGUGACUUCUGAAUACUCCAAGCCGGAGUUUAGUGAGUUUAAGGCGACCCUGAAUGCUUCCUGGGUGAAGAGCUAUGAAGACAUGCUGGAGAACAUCAGGACCAAGAAGGUACAGGUCGUGGAUGCCAGGUCCGCGGGGAGAUACAGGGGUCUGGAGCCGGAGCCCAGAGACGACACACUGCCGGGUCAUUUCCCCGGUACCAUCAACAUGCCGUUCCCUUCCUUCAUGGACGCCUCUGGGAAGCAGCUGGACUCUGAAGGCCUGUCCAAACGGUUCAGCGCGGCGGGGGUGGAUCUGCAGCAGCCGCUCUGGGUCACCUGUGGCUCCGGGGUCACGGCCUGCCACGUUGUUCUGGCCGCUGAUAUGCUCGGGUACCCAGGGGUCUGUGUUUAUGACGGCUCCUGGUCUGAAUGGUUUAAAAGGGCAUCUCCGGAGUAUAUCAUAUCAGAGGGAGAGGGAAAGAAGGUGUGAUAAGAAGCAAGGCUCUUAGUACAAGAGUGAUAGAUAAAGAGUAUCACAGUAGCCUCAUAGUAUACUUUCUAGUGAUUCUGGGGAGAUAGUACAUGCUGGAGCUUGUUACGAAACGUAAUAACUAACUUAACACUUCAGUUGCUAAUUAUCUACCUAUGCAACUUAUCUGACUUUCCUUACAGUUUCAUAUUUUAGAAUGGUUUGCAAUAUCUGGAAAUAACAUGAAUGUUUUGUUUGUGUCUCAAUGUAUCGUAGUUAAAGGACUCUAAAAUGUAUUAAGAUGGGGACAUUUGAUUGUUGUAAUAAGUGCAAUUUCAUGAUGGAAGCAGGUCAAGUUGAUGUAUUGAUGAAUGUUACAAAUGUGAAAAUAAAUGGUUGGUUUUGUUAUGCUAAAUUUGA